AUGGGUUCGAAAACUGUCGAUGCAAAAAUUCCGGUGGUGAAUCUAUUCGGAGAAGCCCUGAAACCUGGUUCCGGCGAUUGGGCGGCGGCUUGCUCCGACGUGAGACGAGCCAUGGAAGGGUACGGCUGCAUGGAAGUGUUGUACGAUGAAUCAUCAGAGGAACUGAGCAGCUCGGUGUUGGAAGCGCUGGAGGAGCUGUUUGAGCUGCCUCAGGAGAUCAAAAUGAAGAACGUGAACCCUAAACCGGCUCACGGCUACAUGGGCAGGCUCUCUGUCCUUCCCAUCCAUGAAGGACUGGGGAUCGAGUAUGCAACUGACAGAGAAGCGUGUGAAGAGUUUACGAAACUUAUGUGGCCGGAAGGAAACCCCCAUUUCUGUGAAGUGGUGCACAGUUAUGCAGUAAUGGUGGCGCAGCUGCAAAAGUUGGUGGUGAGGAUGUUGUUCGAGAGCUAUGGGAUAGGAACGGACAAGUACAAUGCCCACUUCGAUUCCACCACGUACCUUCUACGGCUGUUGAGGUACAGAAGGUCAAAAGGCGAAACAAAUCUUGGGUUCAAGGGCCACACGGACAAGAGCUUCGUCUCCAUUCUUCACCAGAACCAAGUCAAUGGAUUGGAGGUCAGGUUGAAUGACGGCGAAUGGGUCUAUUACCAGCCUUCCUCUCCCUCCUCUUUCGCAGUCGUCGCCGGCGAUGUCAUCAUGGCAUGGAGCAAUGACAGAAUCAAAUCAUGCUACCAUCGAGUAAUGGUCGAGGGAGAAGAGGUAAGAUAUGCAGUGGGACUAUUUUCAUUCCUGACUGCGAUCGUUAUAGCUCCUGAAGAGCUUGUGGAUGAAGAUCAUCCAUUGAUGUACAAGCCAUUCUACAAUCAAGGUCUUCUUGACUUCUAUGUUAAGAACAACUCUCAGAAUAAGGGCGAUACCAAUAUGGUGAAAGCAUAUUGCGGGACUUCUAUGUAG